AUGGCAGCAUCUCAAUCGUCAAUCCUCGCCUUGAUCAGGCACCCUUUCGUGCAGACCUUUACUUGGCUCUACAUCAUAUUGCAAGCUGUACUGAGAUACGUCUUUUCACCAGCGCCGCCUCCUCCAACCGCGAACAAAUCCAAUCUCCCCCCAAAACGGGUUGCGGUCAUUGGUGCAGGUCUGACAGGUGUUUCAUCGGCAGCGCAUUGCGUGGGCCAUGGAUUUGAUGUGCAAAUCUUUGAGUCUAGAUCCCAGGAUCGCGGCUUGGGAGGAAUCUGGAGUCGAGUCAAUUCCACCUCAGCCCUCCAGGUGCAUAGCUUGAUGUACCGAUUCCAUCCCUCAGUGCACUAUGACAGUGCCUAUCCCACGCAGCAACAAAUCAAGGAGCAGAUUAUCGAGCUUUGGAAACGCUACGACCUUGAGCGACGAACGGUAUUUGACACUCGAGUCACCUCGGUCAAGAAGACCAAGGAUGGUCAAUGGAUCAUCAACAACGACGAGGAAAAAUACGGCCGAUUCGACGGUGUGCUUACCGCUGUCGGUGUCUGUGGAGAUCCUCAGAUGCCUACGUUGCCGGACCAAGACAAGUUCAAGGGUCAGAUCUUCCACUCCUCGAACUUGGAUGGGAAAGAUGCCAAGGGCAAGAAGAUCUUGAUUGUCGGCAGUGGUGCCAGUGCGAUUGAAGCUCUAGAAUUUGCCGUCAAAUCCGGCGCCGCAGAGAUCGAUGUCCUGUCGCGCUCCGACAAAUGGAUCAUCCCCCGAAACGUGCUGGUUCAAUCCCUACUGGCCUUCAACAUCUUCGGCCAGGAAACUUCGUUGUCCUGGAUUCCCGAAGGUCUGCUCCGCAAGUUCUUCUAUCGCGAUCUCCAGGAUAUCGCUCCUACCGAGGAUGGGAUCUUUACCCAGACCCCCAUGGCGAACUCGGAACUAUUCAAUCAGAUCCGCGAGGGCAAGGCACGCUGGCUUCGGGGUGAUAUCAUUUCAUUGGAGGAGAAUGGUGUGCUUUUCAACCACAGGGCUCAGGGUGUUCCCAAGGGUGGCCCUGGCAAGGAACGUCUUAUCGAGGGCGACAUCAUUGUCAUGGCAACUGGAUUCAAGCGUCCCUCCCUGAAUUUCCUCCCGGAUGAAGUAUUCGAAGAGCCAUACAGUCCCCCAGACUGGUAUCUCCAAGUCUUCCCACCCAAGUAUCCCGAUAUCUGCGCCAACAACAGCACCUACAUCAAUGCGAUCGGUACGGUUGGUAAUAUGCACAUUGGCAUCUACACGCGCUUCCUCAUCAUGUUCUUGACCGACCCCUUGACGCGACCAACGGAGCAGCGUAUGAAGACUUGGAUUGACUUUACAAGACUGAUGAAGCGUUUCGCGCCCACGAGGGCCUUUGACUUUUUCACCUACGCGGAACUCAUUUACUGGUACAUCUUUGUCCUUCUCGUCAAUCCUUUCCGAUGGAAGUGGGCCCUUUUCGUGUUCUUCGGGCUUGGGCGUGCCUUACCUUUGAUGGUGGUGGAACAAGAGGAACUGUUCCGCAAGGAGCUUCAAAAACAGCACAAAGUCGACAAGGCUGAGUAA